CCCAGGAAGUUCGCUCUCCAGCAGUGGAAACUUUAAGCCCAGGAUGAUCCUGUCUAACACCACGGCCGUGACACCCUUUCUGACCAAGCUGUGGCAGGGGACAGUCCAAGAGGGCGGCAACCUGUCUAGCCCAGCGCGCAGGUCCCCCGGCAAUGACGACGGCAAGCUGGAGGCACUCUACAUUCUCAUGGUGCUCGGCUUCUUUGGCUUCUUCACCCUGGGCAUCAUGCUGAGUUACAUCCGCUCCAAGAAGCUGGAGCACUCCCACGACCCAUUCAACGUCUACAUCGAGUCCGACACGUGGCAGGAGAAGGACAAGAAGUACUUCCAGGCCCGGAUUCUGGAGAGCUACAGGGGCUGUUACGUCAUUGAAAACGAGCUGGCUAUAGAACGACCCAGCGCAUACCUUCCCGAGAUGGAGCUUUCGUCAUGACCCCACAACCGGUUAACACUGGACAAAUCCUACUUGACGAUCUGAUUCUUCUAGUCAUAGGCCUCUUAUAUUCCUUACUAUGUGGAUACAGUUGGGUUUUUUGCUCUUGUAAGGGGUGAAGGGUGGAUUAAUAACACUGUUUUUCUAAAAUCACAUUCCUUGUAUA